AUGGAUGGAUUCAGGGGUAUGGAUUCUGAUUCUGACGAGGAUCGACUUUACAUCGUAGAAGAAGAAAAUGACAGAAGCCGAACCGACGCUGAGACAGAACGUGAGAAGUCGAUUGAGAAAAAUGUUACGGAUGAAUGCAAACCGCCUGCUCUGACAGUUCUCUCUAAGCAGGAAAAAGAACCUAAAGUCACACUCAUCGAGGACGAACCGUCGUCAGGCCGUCGGCAGCAAAGGUCUCGCUUGCCGGCUUCCCUCAAGGAACGUAUUGUUCGUUCGAGUGCCAGGACGAGUGCGUUAUCCUCUGAGGUCAUAGUGUUGCAAGCGAAACAACAACAGCGUCGGUUACCAAAAGCCGUCCGUUUCUCAAAGAAGGACACUCCAGUUGUAGUAAAGCUUGAACAAACUGAACCGACGAAAAUUGUUGCAAAUGAACUGCUGGAACCCCUUCGCAGUGAAAACGAUAUUUGCCCUGUCAAACAAGAAAGUGAUAAGUCCUACUCCCACCCUCCUUCCGAGAAGCCGCCUGUCCUGGAACUUCCUGCUGCCGCAAACCCUAUAUGCGGAAGAAAGCGGUUUUAUUGA